GCCAUUCUCUGCCAUUAGAAUGGGUUUCUGCCACUGUCUGUCACUGUUCGGACCAGUCUGGCCGGCCCGCUCCUCUCUCAGUGAGUCACCCUCCGUUCCGGCUCUUUUUCUUCGGGCCCGGAGUUUGACUGCCAGACCCCGACAGCCCGCCGGACACCCGGAUGGCCGACUCUCCGUCUUGGGUUUGGCUCUCCCCAAAGGGAUGACGGACCCUUGCCCUGUGGUCUCAGAUCGCGAGACGUAUUUACGGCGUAGUCCCAGGCUAAUCUCCGUGUGGAAGACACUGUGGCCUCUAUUAAGGAGACUGCUAAUUGGUCCCUUUGAUCAGAUACGAACUGUUGACCUGGUCUCUGGUCCCGGACCCCUGGUACACAGUCCGUUGACGGAAGUCAAUUUAGGGGGUACCUUAAAAUCGGGUGUGAGAGGACGAUAGAUGGAGGAGCGUGACCGAGCAGAUUAUGAGCUGUUACCACUGACCUUCUCGGUCCCUCUCCCAGCAUGGCUCUUGCUCCGUGAUGAGCCUGCAGCAUCACUUAAGACAGCACGAUGUGACGGGAUA